GCUCUCGGCUACCUUGUGAAUUUUUCUUCGAAAUAAUCGGUCAACGGAGUUAGAAUUAUUACUUCGUUUUUUUAUUUUUGAAUAAUAAGUCGUUUUAUAUUUUUUUGGGGGGUAGCAAUUACACAAUAUUAAAGAAAGCUGAGACAGGAAAAACCAUCCUCCGUUAGCAGUAUUCUGCAUCACUCUCUGGCAACGUUGAUAGCAUUGUGUUUUUUGUUUCAUUGCCCGUAAUGGAUGGCAGGUGCGUCUUUGUCUGAAUGUGCACAUGUGUUGUGUCCCGUAGUUUGUGCUAUUUUGUUUUUCGUACACCAUUUACAAGGAACAAUGUACGCUUACGUCCGGUACGUCGAAGACGACGUAAAGGGAAUAAUGCCUGUUUCCCUGAUCAAAAGCUUCAACCCGCAAAGUUGUGACGUCUUUGACCGAAACAUCAAGAAGGCUUUUUGGCAGUCCCAGUCUGGAGCUGUUAAGGGCUUCUACGACGCAAAAGUCUUGCUACUUGGAGAGUCCAAAGAGGCCCUCAUAACGAACAUGCUCAGCAGGCGUAUGGCUAUACCUGAAAUAUUUGAGCCCACAGAUACGGACACGAGUGACGGUGCUGCGUCAGUUGUGAAGCCAAAAGGUCAUGAAAACGGUCAAGGCAAGAAAAUGGAAGCACGAAAGAAGCAAGCACCAAAGCCAGAAACACGCACAUUUAGCAGGAAGGAGGUCCAUGGCAGCAUGGUGAGGUCAGGCGGUCCCAAAAAUGACGCAGACGAGAAAAUGGAAGCAGGAAAGGGACAAACAGAAAAACAAGGAAGACAGAGCAGAAAGGAGGUGCAUGACAGUGAGACAGUGCCAAGAAAGAGGUUUCUGCUUGAAAGGGAGAUGAAGCAAAAAUUGGAAGAGGAAAACCAAAGCCUCAAAAAGGAGCUCACCGCAGAAAGGCAGCUUUGUAGGAAGCUACAAGAGGCGCUGCUCGAAAAGCAUGGUUGA